AUGAUUCCUCGAGCGCGACUGGGCUUUGCUCUUCGAAACUUCAGCUCUUCAGCAACGACCUACAAACAUGUCUCUCAUAUUGGCGGUAAACCAAUAAUGCUCCCUACAACUGUAUCUUUUACUCCGUCUCCUACCGCACUCACCGUCAACGGACCGUUGGGUACCACUUCAGUCCCGCUUCAUUCUUUCGUUCGCAUAAAUUUUCCGGAGAAGGAUAUAAUGGAAGUUUCCGUCGAGGAUGCAGAAAUUAAAGUGCAGCGCCAGAUGUGGGGCACAACACGGACACAUAUAUACAAUGCUAUCAUCGGAAUGACGGAGGGGUUCAAGGUCCCGCUUUAUCUGGUCGGAGUCGGGUACAGGGCCCAGUUGGAGGAUGAUCCUAGAGGUACUAUGGAUGGUGGGAAUGGGAGGAGGCUUAGUAUGAAGUUAGGAUACUCGCAUACGGUUUAUGUGCCUAUACCUCCACACAUUUCAUGUGAGGUUCCGACACCAACAAAAAUCGUGGUCUCAUGCACAGACAAGCAUCUUCUGGGUUUGUUUGCAGCCAAGGUCAGGGGUCAUCGAAAGCCGGAGCCGUAUAAGGGCAAGGGAAUAUUUGUUGGAGACGAGAAGAUUAGAAUAAAGAGCGUCAAGAAGAAGUAG